GCAGUUAGCCAGUAUGUUUGUUCUGUGACCAUACUAAUUUGGUACAUUGCAGUUAGGGGAUGUGGCCCAUCUAAUUUCUGCUUUCUUGGAAUUUGCAGGUCUCUGCUUUUAUUUCUGGAUAGAGUCAAGUUUUCAAAUUUUCCAUAGACACUUUUAAAAAAGGGGUAGUUUCUGUUUGUGGGAUAGACUUUAUGUGUUAUUUCAGCCUUAUUAAUUACAUCGAAUAAGCUAGAUCACCUCUAAGGCCACGUGUUAAGGGAAACAUAGGCACAGAAUUUAAAUUUACAACUUUAUAAUAAGAUGGUUUUAAGGUAAGAAUCAAAUAGGAAAAGCCUUAGAUGUUCCAGUGGGUCAGAUUUCAAAGCACUUGUUUCAUCUUCCAAGUACUUCAGUUGCUUGUGGGCACCAUGCUUCCUAUGGAAAGGAACUCUGUGCGUGCAAAUUUUCCAGCCUGUUCUUUGGUUAAUAGAUGCAAUCUCUUCUGACUUGCUCAUUAUUUGGAGGUCUGUGCAUCCUUUGCUUCUAAAAUAGUUAAUUGCUUGGCAUCUUGCAGUAGUGACAUUAUGGUGUCUUGAAAGUUUACGCCCUUCAGAAAAUGAAGAACUUACUCCUUGUUAAUGGUCAGGCCUGUUAUGGUUAUCUUUGUAGUUGAGUUGCAUUUAUUUUGAGGCCCAGAUAUGGGGAGAAAAAACAUUUCCGAAAAUUUUGGUUUUAUCAGGAAAGCGGGGUGGUCUGGUAGAAAAGGGGUGAGGUCAUUAAUCAUGAGAUUUGGAUUCUAGCCCCUUAGCCAGGGGCUGCCUGGCCUGGAGACCUUUGUCCACCUUUUUAAACUGCUGUUUUCUCAUCAGAAAAUGGAAUUUCUCUUCGUUUCACCCCCCUGAAGGGUUGUAAAGCCCAAAAGUGGUGGCUGAAAAGCUUGUGCCGGCCCCAGGAGGUGUCUUCAGGGGGGAGGACGUGCCCUCAGCUGCCUGCAUUUCUCACUUACCUCACAGAUCUGGUUUUGCUUCCUUUUAUGAUUUUCUGAAGGCAACACACCGUCUUUCCCCCAUACGUGCAACCCUUCCUUCAUGUUUGAAUAGGUAAACAAGAUUCUCUACCAGUAAGAACAAAAUUGUCACCAGUGGUUUGUGUUUGUUUUGAAUGUGACGAUGACCUCAGGCCUUGGUGGCAGUACGUGUUGCAUUUGUUCUUAUCCCAAAGUAUCUGGACCAGGCCAAGGGUCGCUCUUCACCCUGAGGAGGAGGGGAUCUCUGAGUGCAGGGCUGCGGCUCGGAGCUCAGCUGUAUGACCAGUGCCAUCUGGUCAAGAUGGUGGACACAGAAAGCCCGAUCUGUCCCCUCUCCCCGCUGGAGGCCGAUGAUCUGGAAAGCCCAUUAUCUGAGGAAUUCCUACAGGAAAUGGGAAACAUUCAAGAGAUCUCUCAAUCCAUCGGUGAGGACAGUUCUGGAAGCUUUAGUUUCACAGAAUACCAGCAUUUAGGAAGUGGUCCAGGAUCAGAUGGCUCUGUUAUCACAGAUACCCUUUCACCAGCUUCCAGUCCUUCCUCGGUUACCUACCCUGUGGUUCCUGGUAGCACAGACGAGUCUCCCAGCGGAGCAUUGAACAUUGAAUGUAGAAUCUGUGGGGACAAAGCCUCGGGCUACCAUUAUGGUGUUCACGCGUGUGAAGGCUGCAAGGGUUUCUUUCGGCGAACGGUUCGACUGAAGCUGGUAUAUGACAAAUGUGACCGUAGCUGCAAGAUUCAGAAAAAGAAUCGAAAUAAGUGCCAGUAUUGUCGCUUCCACAAGUGCCUUUCUGUCGGGAUGUCACACAAUGCAAUUCGUUUUGGACGGAUGCCAAGAUCUGAAAAAGCAAAGCUGAAAGCAGAAAUUCUUACCUAUGAGCAUGACAUAGACGACUCUGAAACCGCAGACCUCAAGUCUCUUGCCAAGAGGAUUUACGAGGCCUACUUGAAGAACUUCAACAUGAACAAGGUCAAAGCCCGAGUCAUCCUCGCGGGGAAGGCCAACAACAACCCACCUUUUGUUAUACAUGAUAUGGAGACGCUUUGUAUGGCCGAGAAGACGCUGGUGGCCAAGCUGGUGGCCAAUGGCAUCCAGAACAAGGAGGCAGAGGUGCGUAUCUUCCACUGCUGCCAGUGCACGUCAGUGGAGACUGUCACGGAGCUCACAGAGUUUGCCAAGGCCAUCCCAGGCUUCGCGAACUUGGACCUGAACGACCAAGUGACGUUGCUGAAAUACGGAGUUUAUGAGGCUAUAUUUGCGAUGCUGUCUUCUGUGAUGAACAAAGACGGGAUGCUAGUAGCAUAUGGAAAUGGUUUUAUAACUCGGGAGUUCUUAAAAAGCCUAAGAAAGCCAUUCUGUGACAUCAUGGAGCCUAAGUUUGACUUCGCCAUGAAGUUCAAUGCGCUGGAACUGGAUGACAGUGACAUUUCUCUUUUUGUGGCUGCUAUAAUUUGCUGUGGAGAUCGCCCCGGCCUCCUAAACGUAGGACACAUUGAAAAAAUGCAGGAGGGUAUUGUGCAUGUGCUCAAACUUCACUUGCAGAACAACCAUCCGGACGAUAUCUUUCUCUUCCCAAAACUCCUUCAAAAAAUGGCAGAUCUCCGGCAGCUGGUCACGGAGCACGCGCAGCUGGUGCAGAUCAUCAAGAAGACGGAGUCCGACGCCGCGCUGCACCCCCUGCUGCAGGAGAUCUACAGGGACAUGUACUGAUACUUGGAACUCAGCAGCAGCGGCGGCGCUGCUUCUCAAGGACCUUUCACGUUGACAGCACUACAGAGGCGAA